UUUAAUUAAAAAAUAAGGAUUUUUAAUUUGACUCUCAAAUUUAUCAAUUUUUCAACAAAAAAAUUAACAAUGGAAGGCAUAAAAUAUAAUGAUAAGGAUUUAUAAAAUACUUUUAAAAUGGCCGAUUACUAAAUUAUAAAAAGAGAUGAUAUAUAAUUCUAUCAAAUGAUACAUCUUACUUAGCCUAAUAUAAAAUAUUUGAUGGAAAAAAUUAAAAAUACAAAUACCAGUAAAAAACUCAUAGAUUAUAUGAUUGAGAAGUAAUCGUGGUAAAAAUAAAAGAUUUAAUGUUGGUUCCCUAUUUAAAUUCAGGAGGUUAUAGAAGGAUAACUAGAAGAAGAUGUUUAUUAUUACCUAAUAUAUGAGGACAUUAGCGAUAAUUAUGCUCCGAUUUAUAAAUUACUAGAAAUAAAAUCUUUAGAUCUUACAUAAGAAUUUAUUUAAAAAAUUACAAAAUUGAGUGACAUUAUACCCUUCAUUGAUAAGUUGCAUGAAGAAUAAUUAUCCAUUCUUGAUAUCUCUCUUUAAAAUAUAUGGGUAUUAAAAUAUUUUGAAGUAGGAGAUAUUAAGUAUAAGAUUCUUAAUCGAGGGAUUUACUAGUUUUUUUAUUAACAUAAGAAUGAUGAUGAUAUAAAAAAUAUGAUUUUAGAUAAUUUUUUUAAUGUUUAUAAAUGGAAUGAGUAUUAACUAGUAAAUAAACCAUUUUUAGGAUAAUAUUUGGAUUGUAAGCAAUCCUAUGAAUGUGAUAAUUGUAAUUAAUAUAAUUAGAGAAAUUCAUAAUGUGGAUUUUGUUCAAAAGAGCAAAAUAAAAAUUGUUAGUAUUGUGUUUAACUUAAAAAGAUGAACUGUGAAAGAAAUUAAGAUUUAAAUGCAGUAUUUAUUUUACUGUACUUGAUGACAUAUCCUUAAGAACUAAAAAGUAUAUAGCAUGAUGAUUUUUUUUUAGAAUAAUAAAAGUUUGAUAGUAUUGAUAAAACUGAUGAAGAUAAACAUUUCUAUAUAGACUAUUUUUAAAAAAAAUAGAUAUUUACUUUUAAAAUUCUCUAACUUCAUUUUGAGAAGCAAUUUUUAAAAUUUAAAAAUGUAUCUACUCGUGGCAUGAUUGAAGAGUAACAUCCUAAUCAGUAGGGAACAAUAAAUGCAAUUAAUACUUAGAAAUAUAGUUAACUUUUUCUGAAUAAUGGACAAGAAGGAACAUUAGAUUUAUUUGAUAAUAACGCAGCAGGUUAAUUUAAGUAAAUUGAAGAAAAAAAUUUACCAUUUUCAAUCAACAAAACAACAGGCUCAACUUAAUAGACAAGUCUAGUAAGUCAAGUAAGUCAUUUGGAAACUUUGAGUAGUAAUGUAUAUAAAAAUUUCCCUCAUUAUGAUAACAAAAAUGAAGUUUUUAAUAUUCUAAAAUAAUCAAAAGAGAACCCAGAAUAAUACGAACUUUAUAUAAUUACACUUAGUGUUUUAUAUUUUAAUAAUUACUGUGUUAGGCUGGAGGAAUUAGAUUAAUAUAAUAAAAUUAUAGAAAUUAAAGACUUAGUUGUACUUUAAAUAUAAAUAUUUUGGUAGUUGAUUAAAUAUAGGUAAAAAGAACUAAAAAAUUGUAACAACUAAGCAAGUAAAUUACUUCAGAGGCUAAAAUUCAUAUAUGAUUAAAUUGAAAACGAUGAAUAACGUAUAACAAAACCAGGUGUUUCUACUUAAAACAUAUUAAUUUUGGGAGAUAUCAAAAAUAUAUAAAAUAAUCUUUAAAACUGUGAACUUAAAAUGGAAAUAAGUACAAUUAACACAGCAGUUAAAAAACAUAUGAAAAAUAUGUUUAGUAGGUGGUAAGAUAGGAGUGAAUAUAAAUAUUUUAAGUUAAUUAAUUGUUUUAAGUAAAUUCUUUUCUGCUAAACCUUUAAUUAGAAAGAUGAUAUGACAGACAAAUUGAAUAAGACGAAAAAAAAAAUUUGUGAACUUUUAUAGUGA